AUGUUUAUAACUGGUAAGUCAUUGUCCAUUGAUAUGUAGGUAGAAAUAAUUUUUAGAGAUGACUGCAGGCAACUUAAAAUUCUUUUCGUUUUUUAUAAAGACUGUGAACAUACCACACCCUAGCGUAGCGUAUUUCUUUGCUUCCUCAACACUAUAGGGCAGAAAUAAUGACAUCCACAAAAGAAAACGUUACCGUACAUUUUGAUAUACGGUUGCAUAUAGGCGUUUAUUUUUAUAUACGGUAGAGUCACGAAAGAUCGACGUCAACGAUUUCCAAGUCUAUUUGCAGUCCAAUGAAGACAUACUAUUUCAACCCAACUUUUGUAAAACUUAUUUUGAUAUUAAUUUCACUAUAGUGCUUAUGAUAUUAAUUAACUUAAAAUAGCCCUCGUUAUAUAAUACACUCAAUUAUACAACUCAUUAAUUUUUUUUAAUUUCGUGAUUUUUCGUGAUUCUAGUUUCACAGUAAGUAUACUUCACUGUAGCGAUAUCAUACUAGACUUGCUAUACAAGUUGAUUCAUCAUUCGUAUUAUAUUUAGCUGUGCGGUUGAGCUCAAGUUUCUUAAAGUUAAAGUUCGCUCCCUCGCCUCGCCCAUGCAUGCAUUCGUUAUAUUUGCACACUCGUUUUGCAGACAAGUUUAUAUACAAUGCGUUAAGAUGCGUAUGAACUUGUAGCAAGUCUAGUGUAUCUAGUGUCAAUGGUUUAUACUGAUUUAUGCAAUUAUGCUCCGUACGUUCACACCACCAGAUUGAUUCGUAUUCAAAUUCGUACGAUUUCGCCUUGUGCGGUUAACACCGGACGCAUCAGAUGAAAUCAAUCCGACAGAUACCCAACGAUUCCCAUUCCCCUGUACCGUAGGCUGCGUGUCACGCAGUUAGAUGUUCUCAAAUUCGCUCAUGCGUAUUAAACAUAUACAAGUGAACAUGCACAUGAAAUCCGGUACAAAUUUGAUCUAAGGCCGUUGAGGCAGACUCACGAAUAAGAUCAAAUGAAAGUGGCAGAAAAGAUUAGAGCGGUUUGCAGUUGUUUUUGCAAACCGGGCACCGUGCUCGAAUUUUGCCAUUUCACCCACUAUCGUGCUUCUUUUGCCAAAUCAAAAGAACGAACGCGUGCAGCUUUCUGGUUCUGAAAGGCCCGAUUCGCAGGCAAACAGUGCGCGCAAAGCAGGCUGGUCAUUUCGCAUUGGUUAACAGCCCCACACUCAAUUAACCACAAAGACUCGUGCACAGAUGUUGCUUCGCAACAUCCGUGAGAGUCAAAAACGGUGGCAAUUCUCUACGCCUGCGGUUGAUUGCAUGCACGCAGGCACGUUUUUGAAUGACACUGACAAAAAAUUAUUUCCUAUAGAGGUGCACGUGCAACGUUUUAUAUUCAGAUCACAAGGCCUUUCUAUAUUUAGGCUAGCUUGAUAAACAUCUUCAUGCAGUUCAAACUUACUUCUAUAUUAGGCCACAUAAAAUAAAUUCCUUGAUUCUCAUCACCGCCCGACUGUAUUUUAAGAGACGCGUGAAUUUUUUUUUAUAUUUUGUUAUACAAUAUAAAUGAACCGCCCGACAAAAUAUUUCAAGACAGUUAAGUUUUUUAUAUUUAAAAUUGGGUUUUUAGUGCCAUUUUAAACUGCCAAUUUCAAACAAAUAGAACCUUGAAAGAAAUUUCAUUGCAUUUUAACGGAACUUCGCAUUCAGUGGAAGGGUUCAGUCAUUGUUCGUGGAGAAAUAUGUUCAUUUUGGUUUGUGACACUUCACUUUGGAAAUCACAGAAAUAUUAAAUGUUAGGAAUUAUCAGUUUUUUAUUUAUUGAUGAUAAAUUAUAUAAAUAUAAAAUAUAAACCUCCCGGCUCUUCAUUUUCAAAGUCUAGUGAUGAGAAUCAAGGAAUCUAUUUUAUGUGGCCUUAUAAGAUGCGUGCAUGUACGCGCAUAUAUGAGCUACCAUGCAUGCAUCAUCGGCGAAGAAAUUAUAUUGCUAUAUAUUCUUAGACAGUGUAGACAGCAUAGACUCUAUUUCUAUUCUGUGGUAUAGAUUCCUAUUUUUUUCAAAGUCAUUAAUCAAAAUGGCCCACAGUAUAGUCGGUCAGUAAAGAGAAAAACGAUCGCUCUUUCAUAACAAUUAUCCUUAAAAGUUUUCCUACUUUUCUCAUGCUCUAUAGAGCUUGGACGUGGUUUGUGGUUUAUUUAAUAUUUAUUGGACCCAUCAGUUGCAUGGAGAGAAGCUCUAUUUUUAUUCAAAAUGAUCCUAUCAACAAUAAUCAACUUAUUUAUAGAAUUAUAGACCACUAUAAAGAGUGACCUUGUUUUGUGGUUUUGUAGCAGAGUUUUGAAAAAAAAACAAUCUUUCACUAAAAUUUUGAGUUAUCGAGUUUUGAUUAGAAUUUGAUCAUACUUUUUUAGAAGUUAAAGAAACUUCAGUCUUCUGUUUUAAAUAUAUAUUUAUAUAGUUAUUUCUACAACAAGUUUUGUGACUUGGCUUUACAUUAUAACUAAUGACUUUUUCUGUCUCAUGUUUACGUUCUUAUAUAGUUCUCAUCGGAAUUGCGAGACUGAGUUCCGGUUUAUGGCAAAGUAAGUACUGCACUGAAGAGUUGUGGGACUGAAAUAAGAAAUCAAAUCUUACAUAUAUAUCUCCAGCACUUUCUCUGUAUUGACUGUAAUAUUGGAUUGCUUCAUGAUUUACAGUGCUCUUCUAAUACGUGUACGUUUGUUUACGUUUAUUUAGCUUUGCCAACUAGGACAGAGUCACCACAACAGCAUAUUCCAAUUACUGUGCGCCCUUUUACCUAACGCACCCUGUCAACUUUCCCUGUGAGAAGAAACCGGAUUACCCGGAGAAAACCCACGACUUUCGGCAGAGCGUUGACUUUUUACUCUUUUCACAUGAGGACUGGGUUCGAGUCGCAUUGGGAAAGUUCUCACUGGGAUUUGAACCUGCAGCCUUGGAGGUGAAAGGCAAGUGCGCUAACCACUUCGCCACCGAAGCCCCAUAAUACCUUUUAGAUUCUCACGUAAUUCAUCUAUAGGGAAAUGGGAUUUACAGAAAAUUUCGGCUGGGAAAUGGGAUCUAACGCCUGUAUUCUAAAAGCUCACUCACACUCAAUGAGUGGAGGUUCAAUCUGAGCUUCUCUUCAGUGUGAAUGCUGUUUUUGAAUAGCUGGAGGGUGAGUAGUCACAUAGUAAGGUACGACACUAACCCUCCAGCUAUUCAAAAACAGCAAUGACACUCGAGAGAAGCUAAGAUUGAACUUCCACUCAUUGAGUGCGAGUAUGCUUUUACAAUACGGGCGUAAACCCCCACCCCCCUUCAGGACCCUCUUUGUUUCAACCUCGUAUCAACGCAGGUCUAAACUAUAUACCCACAUGUUGUAUUUAUAAUUAGGUUGUAUUCACAACCCAAUUGACGUGGUUUUUGUAUUGGACGGAUCGGGAAGUGUUGGUCCAAAUCGUUUUGGUUUGUUCAAAUUAUUCGUACAGAAGCUUGUUCUUCAGCUGAACGUCGGCGAGAAUGGGACAAGGGUUGCUGUAAUGCAACUUGGUGACACCAAGGAGACGAAAUUUGAGUUUGGAAUUAACAAUUACUCAGAUGUUAGCAUGUUGCUUCUGGCGAUUAAAAAUAUAAAGUAUCAGUACGGAAGACUGCAGAAAACUGAAAUUGCAUUGAGAUUGGCCGAGACUGAGGUAACAUUCCGCAUAUCGUUGCUUUUGCUUUAGCAUGGGGUCGACAAUAGGUUUCUGUGGGGCAUCGGAUAACGUUUAAGCCCUCAGCACCAAGGAAACAUUGUUGAACAAACAUUGUCUCAUGCAGGUCAUGGCUAUACUAUAUGGCUCUAGAACGGAAACCAUCUUUCCCGAAGGUGGACAAACCAGGAAACAUUGUUUCCUAGCCAUGUUUCCCGAAGGUGGACAAACCAGGAAACAUUGUUUCCUAGCCAUGUUUCCCAAAGGUAGGCAAGCCAGGAAAUAUUGUUUCUGAAUCCACUUGGAAAACAAAUAUGUUUUUGAAAUGUUGUAUGGAAACAUUAGAGUAAUUAUCGCAAUUUUCAAAUGGUUUCAAGUGGAAGAGAAGAAAAUAGCUUGAGCGAGGUUGGAAGAAGUCGCGGGAUCCGGGGUGACUAAAAUCUACUGGAAAACGUGCGGGAUAAAAACCUAUUGUGGACUCAUAUAUGCUAUUUUUGUUGUUUUAUCAAAAUCUCUUGUCAAAUCAAUCUAAACAAAAAGUAACGGAAUAUCUAAUAUUAAUACUAAAUAACUAUUGACGGGUUAAAUUUAGGUUUUUAAUGAUGAAGAUACAACGGACAGGCCUUGGGCAAAAAAUGUCGUAGUGCUGAUUGCCGAAGGACCAUCAUCGACAUACCCCGUAACGAAUGUCCUACAAGAAGCGAAUCAUUUGAAAAAGUCUGGAGUUCAACUGGUCACAAUUGGUGUGGGUAGAAGGAUUUCAUCACCAGAGUUUCAAAAUGAACUGUAUUCUGUAGCAAGUUCUCCUCGCGAUGUUCUCUUUGCCUCGGAUGACGAAAUUUUGAACUUGGUGGAUCAUUUAGACGGAACGCUUUGCCCAAAUAUUACAGCAACCUCUUCAGGUAAUGAUAAUAAUGACCUAUUUUUUAUAUUAAUCACACUGGGUGUGGUUGCCCAGAGGUUCAUCAUGUAUGCUCGAUAACUAAGGCCUAAGGGUUGUUUUGUAGAGGGAGGAAAACCGGAGGCCCUGGAGAAGAACCAUCAAAGCACAAGAACAAACCAACCAAAUUUUAUUUGUAUAGGUAAUCAUGCGAUGUUACUCGUACAAUUAGGGAUUAAUAGUACGAGUGAUGUUUGGAAAUUUUGCCAAAAUUGGACGAGCCGCCAGGGCAAGUCCAAUUUGGCAAAAUGUCCAAACAUCACGAGUACUAUUAAUCGGUAAUUGUAAGAGCAACACCGCAUGAUUACUUGUUUAUUAUUAGCCCAAAAAAAUUGGAUAAUUCUCAAUGUCAACAUCAUUCUCGACAAAGCCCAGUCUUACCAGACUUUCAACCAAAAUUCGGUGCUUGUGUUCGUAUUUUCAUUUAGUUCUUUUGUUUUAAGUUCCUCUAGGGCAAUUUCAUUUGUGUUUAAAUACCUUUCCGCCAUUUUGUUUGUUUUGGGAAAAUCAUUAAUUGUACUGCAGUACACUUAUAAUGAAAUAUACUUGUACUCCUCUUAACCAAUCAACAUCCAGUAAUUUUGUCAUGCUAAUAAUAAGGGAAGUUAUCCAACCUAAGUACAGUCCACCCUACCCUACCCUAGACCUAUAGUAGUUGGCUUUACUCAGCAGAGGAAUAACAGCGCGUUAACCGCCAGGUGAAAUUAAUUCGCUUCCUGCACUGAUAUCAAUGAUAGUAGAUUAGCCUUGCAAAGAAAGUAGUGGUAGAUGUGCAUAGAAUAGGAAUAGUGAAAGCUGUACCAUGAACAAGAGCAAAAGUACACAGGGCUGUCAGAAUUAUUCUGAGUGGUGUGUUGAUAAAGUAGGCGGCUGUGGGGCGGUCUAGGGAGUUCAAAUUAACUAUAGCCAUGUAUAUUGAUUAGAUAGCAACACAACUGAGCUCUAUAUAACCAAAUUAUGACGUAUCACUACAUUUUAUUCAUCUUAUCUUAUCUUAAAUAACUAAAUCAGUUUUACGAAAUAGUUCGUUGUUUUCGAAAACAACCAGAGCGAGUCUCAUCCUUAUGUUUUGCAUAUCUCACUAUGUGUAGUAAAAAUACAGGGAAACUAACCUAUAUCUUCUCUCAUUCCAGUUCAAAGUAGCAGCGACGCAACGAAACUCGCAGCCACGCCAGUUCCCGCCAAAGUUAUCACCUCUGUUCUUGUCAAAACUAUGACUAUAUGGAUGACGUCAUAUGUAGCUGCACCCGCGAUCUGUAAAACAUCGAUAGCUCCAACCAAGUCAAGUUUCAUAAAAACUAUGCCAACCUCGUCAAUGGUGAAUCAGUUGGAAGAACCAACAGUUGGUAAUAUGCUAUUAUUAAACCUGUUUUCUACUUCAACCAUAUGUCGUGACGUACUAUAGAAUUUUGUGUUAAUGCCAUUUUUGCUUGGUGUUCAGGAAACAAAAAAUAAACGUUUCUUUAUGAUAUAUUCAGGAAACUGAAAAACAAGCUUUAAAGCAUGAGUUUAAGCAUGCAGUAGAAUUUGCCAACGUGAAACAGCCUUUGAAUACAGCCGCUAUUCACAGCAUGAACUCCACCUUUGAAUUUACUAUACGAGUAAAUUCUUAAACACGUCCGAAUUUAUCAUUAUGAUAAAUUCGCGGCAAAUUUUGAAUUUAUCAUAAUAAUAAAUUCGCGGCACCUAACACUAACCCUAACCCCUAACCACUAACCACUAACCCUAACUUUUUAAAUUUUUAAACUUUUUUAAAAAUCUAACUUUUUAAACUUUUUUUGCUUUUUAAAACUCUUCUAAAACUUUUUAAAACUUUUUUAAAAACUAUUUUUUUAAAAAACUUGAAAGUGCCAUUACAUUUAUAACAGGAAAUCUUGUCUAAUGCUUGUGGUUUUAUGAUUAACUCUAUUGAUAAAUUCAAAAUGUGCCGCGAAUUUAUCAUAGACGUGUUUAAGAAUUUACUCAUAUAGUAAAUUCAAAGGUGGAGCUCAUGUUGGCUAUUCAACGCUCAUUCCGUGAUAAUAUUAGAUUCUGUUCUUGAUUUCAACUAAGAACUGAUUCGUUGAAAAUUAACUGCAUGGAAUUUUUUAAUAGUUGAAAAGGAAGAGAAGAAAAAGAAGAAAACUUUUCGGAAAGUGUUUUCAGGUGAGAAAUAAAUGAAAGAUAAACAUCUGGGGCCGGUUGUAUGAAAAAGUGAUUAAAGUUAACUAUAGUUAGUGGAAAUGUCAUCCAAUAAGAAGCGCGUAUUCGAGAGUUAAUCACUAUUUAACUACUAAAUAGUGAUUAAAAAAGUGAUUAAGAGUUUUAUACAACCGGCCCCAGAAUAGAUCAUUCCGGCUACAGACUAAAUUUUGAUCUAGGCAAGAAGAACAAAAUCCAUCACCACAGUUAGAAAGAGCAUGUUAAAAUGAGUAAAAUUGCAAAGUUUGGCCGCGAAAUGUUGUAAAAUACGGAAAAUAUAGCGCUGCGAAAUUUGCAAAUUUCGUAUUAAUUUUUAUUAAUAUAUAGUAGAGAGUGAGAUACUGUUACUGAAAAAUACACAGUGAGAUAUUUUCCAUAUCUUCACUGGUGAAGAUAUCGAUCACGUGACUUUUAGUAUUUAUACAAUUUUUUGCUUGGGACUAUAUAAUAAACAGAACAUUACACGGUGGCUUGAAGAUAUGACUUUUAUCUUCUCGUGUUAAAAACAAUAUUUUACUCACUCGCUGCGCUCGUUCGUAAAAUAUUGUUUUCGCCACUCGAAGAAAAGUCAUAUCUUCGCGCCGCCGUGUAAUAUCCUCUAUGUAUUACGCGCGGGAAAAUGCACCAUAUUUGGACCGAAAGUGGUGCAUUUUCCCGUGCGUAAUACAAAUUAAUACAAAAUUUGCUAAUUUCAUAGGGCUAUAUUUUCCUACAACAUUUCGCAACCAAACAUCGCAAUUUUACUAAUUUUAACACGCUCUUUCUAACUGUGGUGAUGGACUUUGCUCUUCUUGCCUAGAUCAAAAUUUAGUCUAGCUGGAAUCAUCUAUUGUUACAUAGCCAUGGUGAACACCAAACGUGAUUGGUUAAUUUGUAUGUCACGUGGCUUUAGAUAAUUGCAUCUCUCCGGGCAACAACACUCGGAGUAAUUAUUUCCAACUGUUUUAGGAAAAUUGCUGAAAUGUUUUACAUGCAACUACGAUGACGAAGUGGCCAAGGAAUUUUCCAUUGAUUGCGAAAGACUAGAAUGUGCACCGGAUGAAACCUACUGCGCAGAUGCAAUACUAGAGCAUGCUGGGAGAAAAUUCGUACGCAAGAGAUGCGCGACUGGUCAAUUUUGUAACAGCACCGCUGAGCAGUGCGUUGGCGAGUUUCAGCAUAACGCUGAGUACACACACUGCAGUGUCACAUGUUGCGCAGACGAGUUUUGCAAUCCUUAUAGUCAUGCCAGUUAUAUCAUCGCAUCUGUUUACAUGAAGUUUCUCCUAGCCUUCGUCGUGCUGCUGGUAAGAUUGAUCGUGGACAACCACUGA